CUCACUGCUCUCUACAGUACUUGAAAGGAGUUUGUAGAGAGGUCAGGGCUGGUCUCUUCUGCUGUGCCUGCAGUGAGAGAACUAGAGGAAAUGGCCUUAAGCUGAGACAGGGAGAUUCAGAUUAGAUAUUAGAAUUUUUUUUUCCAUUUUUAUUGUGGUCAGGCAUUGGAAUAGGUUGCCCAUGGAGGUGAUGGAUGAAACAUCCCUGGCGGUGUUUAAGAGGCAAAUGACUCUGGUGCUGGGUGAUGGUGUUUAGGGCUUACAGUGGUAGUACUGGGUGGACAGUUGGACUGGACCAUCUCAAAGGUCUUUUCCAACCUUGAUGAUCCCAUGAUUCUAUAAUCCUCACAACCCUGCCCCUCUUUCCUCCUCCUCCACAACACACGCUGGCAGUGGCGGUCAACAGGUGCUUGCUUCAUUCUCACACACUUGAAGGCCACAGGUAAGAAAUGGAGGUGUCUGCACUCUGCCUAGASCAGAAGGAAGAUGUAAGGACAGUAGAUUUCCCCGCACUCCGGCUCUGUGCGCUCUCCCUGCGGCCCCGCCCGGCACCGCCUCCCCCGCGGGCGGGGUCUGGGCGGCGCUGAGCGGGCCCGGCGCUGUGGCGGCGGAGGGCGGGCGGSAUGAGGCCGCUCCCGCUCCAAGAUGGCGGCGCAGAGGAGGAGUCUGCUGCAGAGUGUGAGUGGCAUCUUCCCCCCCCUCCGUGCACACGCACCCCCCAGGAACAGCAGCCCAGUUGGACAGAUGACUUACCAUCCUGCCAUCUCUCUGGGGUGGGCUCAGCUCCAAACCGUUCCUAUAGUGCAGAUGGCAAAGGGACAGAGGGUCAUCCCUUGGAAGAUAACUGGUUAAAAUUCAGGAGUGAGAACAACUGCUACCUCUAUGGUGUCUUCAAUGGUUAUGAUGGCAACCGAGUCACCAAUUUUGUGGGUCAGAGGCUCUCUGCAGAAUUGCUACUGGGCCAGCUCCAUGCUGAUCACAGUGAUGCUGAUGUGCGUCGAGUUCUGCUGCAGGCUUUUGAUGUGGUGGAAAGAAGUUUUCUGGAGUCCAUCGAUGAUGCCUUGGCAGAGAAGGCCAGCCUGCAGUCUCAACUACCAGAGGGUAUCCCUCACCACCAGCUCCCUCCUCAGUACCAGAAGAUUGUGGAGAGAUUAAAGGUUGUAGAGCAGGAGAUCUCUGGAGGAGCCAUGGCUAUUGUGGCUGUCGUUCUCAACAACAAGCUGUAUAUCGCCAAUGUGGGUACCAAUCGGGCACUGCUUUGCAAGUCCACAGUGGAUGGGCUGCAGGUGACUCAGCUCAACGUGGACCAUACAACAGAGAAUGAGGAUGAACUGUUUCGCUUCUCUCAGCUGGGCUUGGAUGCAGGGAAAAUAAAACAAGUGGGAACGAUUCGUGGGCAGGAAAGCACUCGGCGCAUUGGAGAUUACAAAGUUAAAUAUGGCUAUACUGAUAUUGAACUACUCAGUGCUGCUAAAUCUAAGCCCAUCAUAGCAGAGCCUGAGAUCCAUGGAGGGCACUCACUGGAUGGGGUGACUGGCUUCUUGGUGCUCAUGUCCGAAGGGCUCUACAAAGCGCUGGAGGCAGCUCAUGGGCCUGGGCAGGCCAACCAGGAAAUUGCAGCCAUGAUAGCCACAGAAUUUGCCAAGCAGACAUCGCUGGAUGCUGUGGCACAAGCAGUAGUGGACCGGGUCAAGCGCAUUCACUGUGACACUUUUGCCAGUGGUGGGGAACGGUCCAAGUUCUGUCCCCGUCACGAAGACAUGACGCUGCUUGUGAGGAAUUUUGGGUACCCCCUGGGUGAGAUGAGCCAGCCCACGCUGACACCAACACAAGGAGGCCGUGUCUACCCAGUCUCUGUGCCGUAUUCCAGCUCCCAAAGCACAAGCAAGACAAGUGUCACUCUGUCUCUUGUCAUGCCUUCCCAAGGCCAGAUGGUCAAUGGUGCCCACAGCAGCUCAACUCUGGAUGAAGCCACCCCCACCCUCACUAACCAAAGCCCAACUGUGACGCUGCAGUCAACCAAUACUCACACGCAGAGCAGCAGCUCAAGUUCAGAUGGAGGUCUCUUCCGCUCCCGACCCACYCACUCGCUCCAGCCAGAUGAGGAUGGGCGUGUGGAGCCCUACGUGGAUUUUGCAGAGUUUUACCGGCUUUGGAACAUGGACCAUGGCGAGCAGGGAGCACUGACUGUGUCUUAACAUGUAUCUGCCUCCUGCAGCCACCUUGUGCUCAGCUGUGUGAGCAAAGACUGAGGCAAGAGUGAGAGUGUGCCACUGAGGGCUGCGUUCUGCCCAGAGCUAACUCCUAUCCAGGAUGUGCUGGACACUGGGAAGGAGAUCUUGUGCACUACACACGUGUUACCUGUGCCAUGCUCCCAAUCCUGACCUGUCAUGGGAAGCCCUGUGAAUAGGGGAAGGGGUCUUGAAUGCAAUGCCCACUACAGGUUUUUGCAAAUAAAGGUGCAGAGAGGGCUCCUUGUGGAUAAGGCAGGAGUCGGGGCCUGUACGAAGGUUGCGUGUGUGCGCGUGUGUAGGUGUAAACGUGUGUGCCUGCGUGUGUGUGUGUAUGUGCUGUCAUAAUGUUUCCACAACUCAAUUCAUAAUGCUGUGAUUCCAGUGUUCAACUCCAUAGAAGAUACCUCUAUUUUGCAGAAUAAAUAACUUAUAGCUACAGUCAUUGGCACCUC